UUUACCCUCCAUGCAUGCAAACUUAAACCCCUCAGCUUAGGAUACAUAGUCUACCUUGUUUGAUAUGGAGAACUAUUAUUGGAGCACCAUCUUUGUUCUUAUCCUUGUUCCGGUACAUGCAGCUGCACGUAAAGUACCGAAUGCUCCUGGUAGUCCCAAUGAGCAAACGCUAGCUGUCCAUGCUAGUGCACCAGCUGAGUCACCCACUGGAGCUGGACUAGGUGACAAGAAGAACUUCAUAUAUGGUGGAGUUGGUGGAUUUGCCGGUGUUGGUGGCUAUGCGGGUGUGUUGCCUGCGCUUGGCGGGUUCGCCGGGAUUGGCAAGUAUGGUGGAAUCGGCGGAGCUGCGGGGAUUGGGGGUCUUGGCGGUGCUGGUGGACUUGGCGGUGCUGGUGGACUUGGUGGGGCUGGUGGACUUGGUGGAGCUGGUGGAAUUGGUGGAGCUGGUGGUGGCCUUGGACAUGGUAUCGGUGGUGUCGGUGGUUUGGGCGGUGGAGUUGGCGGUGCUGCCGGAGGGUUGGGCGGCGGUGCAGGUGGUGCCGCUGGUGGUGCUGGUGGCGCUGGUGGCUUUCAUCCAUGCCCUUGACUUUUUGUGAAAUAACAAUGUGUUAAUUAUAAGCAGAGUCAAUAUUGUUAAUGUAGCUUAAUAUUGUUGGUCCUUGUGUUGGACUUUGUUUGGUUUUUUAGUUCUUGGGUUGGAAGAGACAUAUUCCAAUGGUUUAAUUUAUAAUUAAGGAGUAUUUUGUAGCUUUUAAUUUUCUACGUUUAUGUUUUUAAUAUGGUAAGUGUAGUACUUGUUGUCUUUC